AUGGCGCCGGAGAAGACCGUGGCGGCGCGGACUCCGGUUGAGAGCCUUAGGGUCGAGGAGCUAGCGCUUGUUGCCAGUCGGUUCACGCGGUUUCGCAACGACCGCCUGAACCAGUGGCAUAGUAGAUCCAAUGAUGGCUGCUUCAACUGUGGAGACCCCGACCACUUCAUCGCCAACUGUCCCAAGAUGAAGGGCAAGAUGGAGGCCAGCAAGCACGACCACCACUCCUGCCAGCACAAGGGCAACUGCGAGUACACCUUGUGUCAGCAACCGGACCAGCGAUCACCGGCUCCAAGGAGAUGGUCGGGUCGUGGCUUUGGAGCCGGCGCAAGCAGCCACAACCAUGGCCACGACCAGCACCACUACCACCACCCGUGGGCAUCCUCCCUCGGCGCCGUCGUAGCGCAGUUGUCGCCGCAACCGCCGGGCGCAGGCCUGUCACUCACCCUGAACACGGUGGCGGCCACUGGCAACAGCGGCGCUAGCGGCAACCUGGUGUUGCAGCUUACCAACAGCGGCGGCCUGGCUAUCAAAGCCAAGAUCAUCUCGCACCCACACUACUACUCACUCCUCACUGCCUACCUCGUGUGCAACAAGGUGGGGGCACCACCGGAGGUGUCGGCGAAGCUGACGGAGAUAGCGCAGGAGGUGGAGGCGCGGCAGCGCACGACGCUCGGUGGCCUGGCCGCUGCGACGGAGCCGGAGCUGGACCAGUUCAUGGAGGCAUACCACGAGAUGCUGGUGAAGUUCAGGGAGGAGCUGAAGAGGCCGCUGCAGGAGGCGAUGGAGUUCAUACGAAGGGUGGAGUCGCAGCUCAACUCGCUUUCCAUCUCCGGAAGGUCGCUGCGCAACAUCCUUUCAUCUGGGCACUGGCGGAAAAGCGCCACCCCCACGAACAUCUCGCAGAGGUGGGCGAAGAUGGCCACCUGGAUCGACUACCGAGGCCAUGGCGACUACGACGGCAGAAAGCAGAAGAGUGCGAAUGCAAAGCGGCGCAAAGAGCUCGAAGGCGAAAGGGCGCAGUAG